UUUUUUUUUGCUUUCUUUAGGUAUUGAUAGUAACCACUAACCAGUCUUCUUCUACUUUCUCUAAGCUCAAAAUUCCAAGAAAUCUACCGAAGCAAAAUCCCAAUUCUUCUCUAUAUAGAAGGAACACUGAGCAGCAUUUUCACUUCCUCUCUAUCUUCACUUGCAUUUGUUCAGUUUGGUUCACCGCUAACUGGUGAGGAGUUUAGGGUGUUCUUUUGUUUGAUUGGAUGAGGAAGGUUUCGAAGAGGGGUGCAUGUAAGUCUGCAUCACACCAGCUCUUUAAAGACAGGGCAAAGAACCGUGUGGAUGAUCUGCAGGGUGUGUUAACUAAUCUACAAUCUGCAAGGAAGGAAAGCCGAACGUAUGAUGUUGGGUUGCUUGAAGAGCAAGUCCACCAGAUGCUGCGUGAAUGGAAAUCUGAGCUUAACGAGCCAUCUCCGGCUUCUUCUUUGCAGGGAGGAAGCCAUGUGUCAUCAUCAGCAGAUAUCUAUAGACUGCUAUUGGGUGAGGAAGAAGAUGAUGCCACCAGCCCAUUAGCUGCACCUAAGCCUGAGCCUGAUGCUCAAAAAGUUAGCGUUACUGGUUUUCAAGAGGGUUUCAAUGUAACUCAGGUGCUGCAGGAGCAAGGUUUCCAGUUGGUUGAUCAAUGCAAAGGCUUGCCUUUGAUGGUUAAUAACACAGUAGUCAACAAUCUUGGCAUUGCAACACAAUUGGAUUACCAUUCUUUUGAUUUGCAUCACGAAUACGAUCAGCAGUACUUACCUGGAUUUGAUGCUUUAAAUCUCUGCCUAGAGGAUGCUAUGCCUCCUAUUCAUAUUAGUCCUCCGCCCUCUGCUUUCCUGGGGCCGAAAUGUGCACUUUGGGAUUGUCCUCGGCCUGCGAUGGGGUCAGACUGGUGUCAGAAGUCUCAAGACUACUGCAGCGACUAUCAUGCUUCUCUUGCACCUAAUGAAGGCUAUCCUGGGAGACCUCCAGUUGUUCGGCCAAUGGGUAUUGGCUUAAAGGAUAAUUUGCUUUUUCAAGCUCUUAGUGCUAAAGCACAUGGAAAAGAUGUUGGUGUUCCCGAGUGUGAGGGUGCUGCCACGGCAAAGUCCCCCUGGAAUGCACCUGAGCUAUUUGAUCUUAAAGUUGUUGAAGGUGAAAUAAUUAGGGAGUGGCUUUUCUUUGAUAAGCCUCGAAGAGCAUUUGAAAGUGGAAACAGGAAGCAGAGGUCAUUGCCAGAUUAUAAUGGACGGGGUUGGCACGAGUCAAGGAAGCAAAUGAUAAAUGAAUUUGGUGGGUUGAAGAGAUCCUACUACAUGGAUCCACAACCGAUGAAAAAUCUAGAAUGGCAUCUUUACGAGUAUGAGAUCAACAAGUAUGAUGCAUGUGCCUUGUACAGAUUGGAACUGAAACUUGUUGAUGGGAAAAAGAUUCCCAAAGGGAAGAUAAGCAAUGUAUCAGUUGCUGAUUUGCAAAAGCAAAUGGGAAGACUAACUGCUGAAUUUCCUUUGGACAACAAGCGAACUGUGAAGGGCAGAGUGAAGGCUAAUAUGAAGUAUGUGGGAAACAUUCAUACUGCUCCGGUUCCAAUUGUUCCAACUUGUGAAGGAUUUGAUUAUGGGAAUAGCGACCCUUAUGACUAUCUUGUCGACGAUCUGGAUGGCUACUUCAUAACGUAAUUAUAUACAUUCGAUGAUACUCUUUUUCAAACAAGAGGCUUUUCGCCUUUGUAUUAUACAGCAGUUUCAUCUUGAGACUCAAACAUCCGGUGGUAGAAGUGUUACCCUGGUUCUGUUUAUUCAUCAGUCGGGGUCAACCAGAUGUCUCCCCUUUCCGUGGGCUUAUGGUCAAUGCUUCUUUGUCAUGUGAGACGCGGUCCCAUCUAACUAUGGAGCACACUUUUAACUGCAUGAGAAUGAAAACCCUUUUUACUUGUUCUCAAUCUACAUACUUUAGAACCAAGUUGACACUAAAUGUAUUUAUGUUGUAGUGUCGAAUUUGGUGACCAAAUGUAAUGGUCAUUUUCUUCAACAUCUGCUGCUUUCUAUGUGUAAUGGGGUUCCAU